UAGACCCCGCCCGCGCAAAUUGUGUGUGUGUGGGGGGGCGGCAGCAAGUGCGAGAUGGAGAGAGGGGUGGAGGUAACUCGCACCGAAUCAGGGUGCCGAGUGAGUAGGUGGAGGUCGCCUGGGAGCGCGCGUACGGAUUAAAGCUGCGAUCGUCUUUGCGCCGGUCAGCGUGACGCACGGAGAGCGGCGGAGGCGCACCAGCGACUGGAGUCACGUUGGUCGGGAGCCAGUGACAGCGGAGGGAGGGAUCGCCAAGUUGGGAUGCUGCGAGGAGCUGGCGGUGUGUGUGCGCGCGCGGGGAAGGAUGUUGCCGUCUCGCACUUGUUCUUGUGUGAUAACUUCGGACUGAAAAUAACGCCGAUGUGCGCCAUGGAGGUAUUCAUCUGAGCUGCAAUAAGCGGGGGGGAAACAAAGAGAUUUGCGCUAAAAGAGGAGUGGAAGAAAGCUGAGAGAUCCAACACAAAUCCGGGUAAACAAAUAUGACGGCCGAUUUUGGCGUUGUCUUCUGUCCGUCGCUAAUAGAAACAGAAACAUCGGGGGGAUUCGGGAGUGUAAUUUAAUUGUCAUAUUUAAUUUUUACAUUUUUGGAGAAACGGAGGGGUCUACUCCAGGUGGCGCAUCUAUCUCCCCGGUUGCGCGUAAUGGGAGAAAAGUUUCGGACCUUGCCGAGGAGACGCACUCUUAGCAUCCCGCCGACGACGCACUGGUAAAUAACAUGUGAAUCCGCGGGAGACGAAAGUUUAAGAAGUGAAGAUUUCAACCAUUCAGUAUGACUUGAAACAGCCGUGGGGACGGCAGCAAGCACAUACACGAUCCACGAGACUCCUGCGUCGACUUGCACAAACACGCGGAGACGGACAUUCGUGAUCUGAAGAGGAUUUCUGCAGCGGCGGCGGCGCAGAGAAAGCCCGAUCCCAGGAAGAUAGAGUGCGAGGAGAGAGAUUCCCCCCCUCCCCCCAUCCCUGGAUGUCUAUGAUGUUGUGCCAGCUCGGGCACAGGUGUGUGAUGGAGGUGGUGCUGCUGACCAUCCUGUCCUGGGUGUCCGUGUGGGCGGAGGAGAAGAUCAUAUUUGACAGACACGCUGUCUACUGGAACAGCUCCAACCCCAAGUUCUGGCACGGAGAGUACAGGGUGGCGGUGAACAUCAACGACUACCUGGACAUCUACUGUCCUUACUACGAGGGUCCUCCGUCCCACGGGCGCAUGGAGCGCUACAUCCUGUUCAUGGUCAACCACGAGGGCUACACCUCCUGCCAGCACAGGAUGCGUGGCUUCAAGCGCUGGGAGUGCAACCGCCCCAGCGGUCCCGACGGACCCCUGCGCUUCUCGGAGAAGUUCCAGCUCUUCACCCCCUUCUCGUUGGGCUUUGAGUUCAGGCCCGGACACGAGUACUACUACAUCUCGUCUCCCCACCCAAACCACGUGGGGCGAGCGUGUCUAAAGCUGAAGGUGUAUGUCAGACCUCCAGAUGGGUCGGGAUACGAUUCACCGGAGCCCUUCCUGACUGCUGGAGGUCCAAGCCUGAGGCCGGGGUCCAUGGUCCCGCUUGCUGCUCUGGCCUCACUUCUUCUGGGACUCUUCUCCUGGCUGUGAACCCUGUCCCCCUCCUCCUGGAGCAUCCCACCCAGGGUCGCUGGGCUGGGCUGGCUGUCCCUCUAAAUCCACCACCCCCUCAGGGAAGCCCUCUGUCUCCGUCACCUCCCCUCCCCCUCUGCCUCCCCCCCGUCCUCGCUCCCACCUCCACUUCUAAACAACACCCCCCCCCCCCCUCCUCUCCCCCCACUGCCAGCCCUCUCCAUGGCCCCGCAACGGACACUGCUCCCCGGACCGGCUUAGAGGGUCGGGUCUUGAUCUGUCUGGGAAGCUGCGCUCCGUCUCCGAUGCAGCUGAAGACACAAGGGAACUGUCUCUGCACUCAUGCCAGGGGGUCCUUCUGAUUUGUCUAUUGACUGUUGGCCACUGAUGGGGUAGAAGUAGCCGCGGCUAUGAUUAAACUUGUCGUUCCGGUGCAAUUCCUAUCACCCAAUCACGGCAGGAUGCAUUAAGCGAUAGGCCUGGAUGCACAAAAAUUGGAUUUUUCUCACAUUGCAAUCCCAUCGUCAAACGAAGAAUUGGAAGUGGCCAAGCUUGCAUUGUAAUUGGAAUUCUAUACCACUCGGACCGGUUCCAACUGCAAUAAAACGUAGAGAGGCAGAGGAGGAGGAGGAGGAGGAGGAGAAGAAGAGUGACCCGGCCGAUGCAAGAAAGGAAAACAAUGCGGGCAAAGAUUUAAAAAAAAUACGACCUAUGGGAAAAUGUAACGUUAUAUGUGUUGAUAUUUUCAUACACGGUGUAGGUUCACAGAAAUAUUAUAUAAAAAUCCAUCAAUUUGAUUUUUUUGAGUUUCUAUGAGAAGUAAAGAUUUCAUCCCAUUCUAAAGACAAGUAUAAUCAUGGCUGUGUCAGUGGGAGGGUCGGGGAGGGUGUUCCGGGUGGGUUUGGGGGGAGGUGUAUAUUUUCAGGUGGGAUGUUUUCUGUCUUAUUCGUGUUUCUAAACAAAGCAUUUAUCACAGCCUGGCCAGCACAGGCGUCUUCAGCACCGUCUAGUGUCGACCGGGUCGGGUGACUUUUGGAACCGUGACUUUCUCAUGUAUGAAUGUACCACUGGUCACCCACCUCUUAGUCUAUCUGUAUCAUUAUGACUGUGGUCACUUACAGUACCUUCUCUAGGACUAGCAUGGUUGAAUGGGUCGGGGGGGGGUUGGAGGA